AACCAUAACAAAAAGAGACAAACUUGGGUCCUCUUUUACUCGCUGAAAAAAACUUUAAUUUCCUGCCGUUUUCCCUCUGUGUCUACGUAUCUAAUGAGUGUUAUCGUCUAAAACAAAUAUGGAUACCAAGGAAGAUGGGGAGGCAGACACACAAAGCAUCAACAACCCAGCUUCCCAUUCAAACCUGACACCAACCGUGCUGAACUCCCUUGUCAUCUCUCCUUCAAAGUCCGUCACAAGGCCCACUCAAGCCCUUAGUCCUAUCAGAAAACCGCCCUUAGGGCUGAGCCAUGGAAGCUAUCUGGAGAACAGUGAUAGGGGAAGGGCAUAUAGUCGGCCAGGCUCAUUUGACUCCAAGAUCAACGGAAACCUGAAUGAAAACCAAGAUGGACACAUACGGUCUGUUGCUGUUGUUAAAAGCUCAGAAGUCGAAUUUCCUGUUCAGUUUCACGAACUGCAGUCUAACACAGAUCUUAAGAUGCCUCCCUCAAACUGGCUACAAGACCAUUCUUCAAUUAGAUUACCAAAUCCUACUCACAAACAUGCUGAUUUUUCAAGCUUCUUGAUGGCUCACCAGUUCCUAGAUUGCAUAGGAGAAGUAGAUGUGAUAUCAGAUGCUGAGAAUAUAAAGAAGUUGCUGAAGAUCCCCUACAACCCCAAGGCACAUGUGAGCAUGAUGAUUCACCGUGUGGGCAAGACACUCCUCAUUGACGAGUUUGACAUUUACAAGUACCUGCUUAGGCAGUCAGAGAAGGAGUGGCAGUGGCUGCGAAAGUUCUUUUUUGAACAUGUGCUUCAAUCACUUGCACACAAGGAAAAUGUACUUGUGAGGCCCAACAAGAGUCGCAAUGUUGUGCAGAGUCGGAGUCUCCUAUCAAAGUUUUUGUACCAUAGUAUCAAUGAAGAAGAGAACCGUCCUGCAAGUCCCCCUAGCCAGCCAGAGACAGAGAGUCCAGUAUCUGUGCGACGUGAACAACGUAGACAGAGUGAUGUACUUCCCUCAGUGCUACGGAACGAAGUUAUGCCUGAGCCCACCAUAGAGGACCAGCUGCCGCAAGCUUCGGGCCAGACUUUUACGAGAAAUGUGGUGUGGAACUUUGAAGACUUGCACAUGCUCAUAGGGACUGAUUUGCCUAUCUUUGGAGGAGGAACUCAUCCUUGUGUGUCUUUGAGGCUGAGGGAUAUGAACAAGCCAAUCAACAUAUUGACAGGUAUAGACUAUUGGCUAGACAACCUCAUGUGCAAUGUACCAGAAGUUGUCAUGUGCUACCACCUGGAUGGGAUUGUUCAGAAAUACGAGCUCAUCAAGACUGAAGACCUCCCACACAUGAGCGACUCACAAUUCUCACCAACACUGGUACGAGAUGUCGCCCAGAACAUCUUGUCCUUCCUUAACAGCAAAGCAACUAAGGAGGGGCAUACAUAUUGGCUUUUCAAAGGAAAGGAUGAUGACAUAGUCAAGCUAUACGACCUCACCUCACUGUGCAUGGAGGGCUGCAUCAGUGUGGAUGGGUUAGAGGAAGAGACGCAGAAUGAAGAUGCAAGCAACCCCUUUACCGUGCCUGUGGCCAUGCUCUUCUAUAGGGUCGCCAAGAACAUGCGCACCUCAGAGGAUGCCCAGAAUAAGAUUGCAACAAUAAGGGCCUUGUUACGGAACUCACUGAGCCUGCUAAACAAGAAUGAAUAUCCAAAAAUUGUCUCCUCAGCACAUUACAUGCUCUCAGACCUUUAUGUACCCCAAGACAUUGACCCAGACUCCCCAGUUUUGUCGGACUGUAGUGAUGAAGACAGUGAGUGGUCCUCUACUGUCAGUAGUGACAACGAGGACCAGAGUGAUGAUGAAUGCAAUGCAGAAGACCACUCUGUCACCCUUUCGAACCGUAGUUCUUCAAUUAAGGUUUCAUCGCUCUGCUUCCCCCAUGCCAAUAAAACACAGUCGCAGCAUUAUAAAGCCCCUCCCCUGUUGGGUACACUUGAGGAGCGAUGCCAUUGUGCUCUUAAUCAUGUGAUAGAAGCCCUACAGUGCCUACACAUCUCAAGUACAAGUGAGAGGGAGCAUCACAGCUCCCCAAGAGGACAAGAGCCCAUGUGUUCGAGAAGUCACCAGGAAGAAGAACCAAAGAUGGCAAGGCCUUUUGAGCCAAUUCCCAUGCCAUAUUCUCCCCUUAAUGCAGAGAAGCAGGAUGAAAAGACAGCCCUAGUGGUAGCCAAAGAUAAGACAACUGACCAUAGGCUGACUGUGUCCUUAUUUAGUCAGCAGUAUGCUGUAGCGAGUUGGUGGGAUAAGCUGCAUGUGCUAGUACUGAGAAAAGCAUCAUUGGUGUACCUUGUUAUGGCAAGGAGUUGCUUCAAUAGCCAAAGGUAUGGCCUUGCCUUAAGGUAUGUGAAGUUCUCCCUUCAUGCUUGGGAUGGCAUGGCUCGUAAGCUUGGUGUCAAGGAAUGUGAUGUCCCUGUCCCAUGCCAGGCUCUGACAUUAGCUGGUGACACAUACUACAUGCUCUCAAAGGCAUGGGAUGAAGUAGCCAGUCACAUUGAAGACUAUAACAAUGUCAUUUCAGCACACCAGGACAUGCUUUCACUCCUUUCCAAUAUUUUACCAGCACAAGACCUUUGCAAUCCAGAGUGCAACUGGACCAUCAAACUAGCCUGUGAUGUUGAGGAGGCCCUAAGGCUUAGUUCCAUGUGCUUUGAGAAGGCCCUCUCAUCUGCUGACCCUCAAACAGCUGUUCAUCUCUCACGCCGGCUGGGGAACAUCUGCAACGAGCUUGGUGUCAUGUACAUGAAUCAGGCAUCAAAACUCUGUGAGGAAAAUGACAUUGGAUUCCAAGCUGCGGAAGAACUCUGGCAGAGAAGUGCCGAAGUCCUGAACCGUGGAAUCACAAAUUUUACACGUGUUGGUGAUGUAACCAAUAUAGCCCUCCUGCAUUCCAACACAGGUCGUCUGCUCCGACUCUGUGCAUUCUAUUGUGUCCCCAAAGAAGGUGUGAGGGAGUUCUCCAAGCAGGAAAGACACUAUUAUGAUCAAGCAAUAAAAGAAUACCAGAAAGCGUUAGAAGUCUUAAAGUCUCGGAAAAAGUGUCCAGACAUUUGGGAUCUGGUUGUGUGGGAAUUUAGCACAACUUUAUAUACCAUAGCAUCCUUGUUACAAGACCAUCCACCACUGGAAUUAAAGCCUGGUGAAGAACACAGUCGUGAAGUUAUGGACCUUCUCACCAAAGCUCUUAAGCACUGUGACGUGAAAACACCAGGAGCCCGACAGCCUCUGUACCAGUACCGUGCAGCAGUUAUUUAUAUGCGGCUCGCAGGCAUCUAUCACAAUGCAGUGAGACAUAGCCAGGGAGAUAAGAAAACCAUGAGGCAUCUGGCAGAGCUCAACUACAGCAAGGCAGCUGCUCUCUUUAUGCAGCUGGAGAACCCAAUAGAUAUUCUCAAAGUACAACUGGAUCAGGCAGUGCUCAUAGAAGAUCAAAUGUCAGGGACAGCAAACACCCCGAUCACCAUGAAACUCCACUUUUCAAUCCUUCAACUACUGAUGGAGUCCAUCUCUGCGCUGAAAAUCAUCACCCAGACUGUAGCCAAGCCAAAGACAAACCUCCUGGGAGCAGAAGGCAACUCAGGGGAGCCUGCUGCAAGCUGCAGUGCCAACCCUAGAGAAAAGUUUCACACUGGAAGCCCCAGCAGAAAUAAGGCAGGAGACAAUAACAAUGGAGAGGAGAAAGAGAUUCAACCCCAGACCGAGGCUGUGAUAUAUGAUGAUGAAGAGAGCCAGGAGAAGAUACUGGCACUCUUAAAAGUCUUUGAGAAGAAGCUGCAGAACUCACUCAUGUCGCUCAUUAAGUUGUAUGCUCAGUCAAAGGGCUCAAAAAAGAGCAGCAGCUACAGUGGCAACGAGGUGACCUUGUUAAAGCAGAUGUAUAGCCUCAGCCUGAACACUCAGUCCCUUCCUUUGGGAUCCCACCUCCUGACAGCUGUGACUGCCAUCAGUCCUCUGUUCAACCAGAUCCGCCCCCGAAGAUGAUGCCAAACAUUUGCUCGAGUUCCGUCCACUUAUUCAGUUCAAGACUCGGUUUUAUUUUGAGUGGAUGUUUCAUAGUUUCCCAAAAGCUGUGUUACCUGAAAUCAUUUCAGUUGUAGAUUUUCGUUUCUAAAUGAUAUCCCGCAUUCUGAUUACUUCGUAAGGGCGUUAUUUUCAUUAAUAGUAUGGAAUAUCUUUUAGUUCGUGGUUUUCACACGUUUGCAUUAAUUAAUGAUGGUAAUUACUUUCAUUAUCAGAAUCUAGUGAGUCUCUCUGUGUAUACUCGGACAUGAUCUCAUCUUAACCCAAACUUUCUUUCAUUCCUGAGUUUCUUUCAUAGAUUUUUUGUGUUCAUUAUGGUCAGGUUAUUUUUAUAAAAAGAGUAAAUAUGCAAGUUUUUCCCCAUAACAUUGUUUUUUUUCUUUCUAUAGGUUUUCCAGAAAAUUCAUGGUGAUAUGAUUUUUAGUUUAGAUUUUCAUGGUUUGAAUGGAGAGUGUCUUCAGAAUUACUCAGUAUUGUCUUUUUUUCUUUUUUUUCUUUUUCCUUCUUUUAAUUUUUUUAUGAGCUUAUCAGCAGUGUUCAAAAAGUUGUGCCAAUUAGGAAGUUGGAAAGAACUGAUGUUUGGAGGCAGAAUUUUUUUUUCUCAUUCCUUAAAUAUUGAUAGUAAUGUGACUGUUGUUUUUUUUCUUUUAUUAUUGCUUUUCAAUUAUUAUUAGGAGUAGUAUGGUUAUUCUUAUUAUCAUCAUCAUUAUCGUAAUUUGAUAUGACAAAAAUGAUUAAAAAAAUAUUUUUUUUUAUUGCGGUUAUUACAGGUUUGAUUUCUUUUUCUUUCUCUUUUUUUCUUGUUUUUAUAAAGCUAGUAUGAUGUAAAGAGGUGCACUUUCUCAUUUAUAUAUAAUUAUGAGUUCAUGAUAGGAAAUAGCAUUUUUUUUUCUUUUUAAUGCUAUUGGGAUGUGUGAUACAUGAUAUUUUUGUGGAAAUAUCAUACAGUAACAUGCCACUCAUAUGGAAGAAAAAUAUUGAGUUGCAUCAGCGAUAAGAAGUUGUUUUGUAUGUUAGAAAUUGAGUAAUCCUCAAAUUUCUAAUUGUGAUAUGAUUUGUAUGUAGAUGCAGAAAUAACUAAACUACAUAGUGUAUUUAUUUUCUUUUGUAGUUAUGCUUUUAACCUGUGCCUACAGUGAGUUCGGUUUAUUAAGUAUAUUUACGGAUAAAUGGUUCCACAAGGACUUAGUCACCAGUGAGUCAGUCAGUAGUCUGACCUAUCUCACUUCUUUGCCUUUCCUUGGUUUUGGCAUUUGAUUUUUUCUAAUAGUGCUAUUUAUAAAGUCAAUAACACUAAUAAUUUUGAGGUCAAUAAUAAUAACGUGAUUGAUCUUGAUUGCAUUUGAAAAAAAAUAAAUCCUGAAAACUGAUGGAAGGAGAAAAUCUGGUAAUGACAUGUAGACUAUCAAUUGACUCUUUGGUGGCCGAGUGCUUGUGGAGCCACCAUCCAUGUGAAGAUUCAUUUCAUACAAGAGUACAGUGAACAUAACAUUUUCCCUGUGGCAUUGGGUUAAUAAAGGAAAGGCUUUUUUUUUUUCUUCAUAGUUUCUGCAUAGGAGAAAAUAAGAAAUACUUUCCAGAAAAAAGCAUUGUUUUUUCCCCAGUAUCGUAUCAUCUAGAAUAUAGACAGCUAAUAAACACAAAGCCUACAUAUUAAGUUCCUUGCAGAUAAAAAAUAUUCUGCAACUUUAAUACACUAAGAUUAGCAAUCAGUUAAUCUUCAUACAUCCUAUUUUUGAGCCAUGGCAAUUUAGUUUUUAUUUAUUUGCAUUAUUAUUUAUGCAGGUUUUCCACUGAGUGGUGUUUUACUGUACUUUUUUAAUGGAGGAUAUUGGACAUGUGAAUUAAUUUUGUUAUCCCAGGGUAAGAGGAUCACUGUAUUAAUUCUAAUGAAUGUAUGAAGAUCUAUUUAUUGAAACUGUUUUUUGUACAUGAAUGAGCUCUGUAGUGUAUAAUAAUCUUGAGUAAACAAGAUGUGAUAUCA